ACUGUGUGCCCAAUUGAUUCUAAGAAAAAAAAAAUCCCGUCUUUUUGCCCUUGACGGUUUCCUCCACUCUACUUUUUUUCCACCCCCUCCCUCUACAUCUUUCAAAUCUUCCCAAUCCUCCCCUUCUACAAAAAAAAAAAGUCCACCAACUCAUAUUUCAGUCUUGGACAUUUAGCUGGGCCAUUUGUGCAUCUUCCCUUCUCUUCUACUCUAACGACACUUUCACUUCGGUCAAUCCUUCAAAAUGGCGGACGAGUUCGAGAUCGACAACCAGGGUGAUGCCGGUGCGUCUGCCACUUUCCCCAUGCAGUGCUCUGCUCUGCGCAAGAACGGUGCCGUCGUCAUCAAGGGCCGCCCCUGCAAGAUCGUAGACAUGUCGACCUCCAAGACCGGAAAGCACGGCCACGCCAAGGUCCAUCUCGUCGGUAUCGAUAUCUUCACCGGCAAGAAGCUCGAAGAACUUUGCCCUUCUACCCACAACAUGGAGGUUCCCGUUGUCAAGACCAAGCAGUACAACUUCUCCCACGUUGAGGAUGGCUUCAUUGUUCUCCACGACAUCAACACCAGCGAGGAGCGAAGCGACAUCAAGGUCCCCGAGGGUGAGAUUGGUAACAAGAUCGAGGCUGCCGAUGAGAACGGAACUCCUCUCAUCAUUACCAUUCAGUCCGCCAUGGGCGAAGAGGCCGCCAUCAAGGCCGACGAGCCUGCCCAGAAGGACUAAAUCCCCAGUUAGGGGACUUAGGACUCAGGUAGAGGAUGUCACUGGAUCGAGUGUUACUUAUGAGCCUCGACCAACUUGGACAUCACCAGAAGGGAGGGCUGUUUAACUAGCAAACCAGUAGCUAGGUUCGUAUUGGACGCUGGCCCACGGGGUUUUGCGUACGAAUGUGCUAUCCACUGUGGAGGAAUCAAACAUAUGGUACGAUAGUCCUCGAACUUCGCAUCUAUCCCAAUCUCUUUGAGGAACAAAAAUGAUGUGCAUUUUGAGGAUUUCAGCAAAACAGGUCUCCUGUUUUUAUUAGCACUUGACUUGUCCUACAGAAUCUACGAGAUCUCCCUUUA